AUGUACUUUCUCGGCAACCAGAUGUACCAUGGAUCAAGUCCUGUCACGGCUAUGUUAAUAUCAGAUGCCUUUCACACUCUCAUAGACUUUCUAGGGAAUUCCAGAAAUAAUGUCCUUGGUGGUCACAAUGUAAAGACCUGUGACAGUCAUAUAUCAGUAAAUGCACUCCGUUCAUAUGGAAAAGUCCCAGAUUUUAGUCAUGUUUGUUUAGGCUUCCUUGACACAAUGGCUCCAUUCAGUAAAUCACAUUCACAUCUGGAGCCUUAUUCCCAGGAAGCACUUGUGAAAAAUAUAUUGAAUACUUAUAAAGCACAUGAUGCUAAAGAAGAUGUUUCAGUUCUCCAAAAGCUUGUAAGCAGUUUGAAGUCGAGUGAUUCUGAUAAAUUAUUUGCUUCAUUUCCGCUAUCAUACACGGUUCAGAUGCACAGUUACUUACAGAUGGUGUCAUCUAAACUUGCCGACACUCGAAAAACUGACAGCCAGCAAAAAACUGUUUGA